AGUCACUUGUGAAAAAUCAGUCAUCGCGAGCAGUUCGACUAAAGAAAACCCGCUGGCACACAAAUUAAAACCACUUAUCAAACAAAAACAAUAAACAGCUGAGCAGCAGCCAACGCGAAGCGCGUGUGCGAAAAGAAACGAGAAAACAUAUACAAAACACAAAAGCACAAGAGAUACACAAAAAAAGAAAAGAGAAGCAACGGAAAAUUUUGGGGACCAAACAAAGCCGAAGCUUUUACGUCAAGCGGUUGGAUAGAAAAAUAAUUCCUAUCGAAAAAAUCACAACGUGUACGCCGGUGAAGAUGAGUGGUUCAGUUUUGAGUUUGGCGCGUCCCGCUGCAGCAGCCACAAAUGGCCAUAAUCUGUUGGCCAAACAGCUGAAUUGCAAUGGCAACGGUACGUCGGGCGGGGCGGCCAAAACCACCGUGGCCUCGGCCAUAACACCACCCAAACAGCCUCAAUUGGCGGCCAAGGUCAUCCAGCAGUCGCAGAUCGUUUGCUUCGAUGUGGAUUCCACCGUUAUUUGCGAGGAGGGCAUUGAUGAGUUGGCCGAGUUCUGUGGCAAAGGAAGCGAAGUGGCCCGCGUCACAAAGGAGGCGAUGGGCGGUGCGAUGACCUUCCGGGAUGCCCUCAAAAUCCGGCUAGACAUAAUUCGGCCCACCCAGCAGCAAGUGCGGGACUUCAUUCAAGAAAGGCCCAGCACACUGAGCAAAAACGUCAAGCGUUUCGUGGCCCACUUAAAGGCGGAAGGCAAACAGGUUUAUUUGAUCUCCGGCGGAUUCGAUAGCCUUAUUGCGCCCGUGGCCAAUGAAUUGGGUAUCCCAUUAACCAAUGUUUAUGCCAACAAAAUGCUGUUCGAUUAUAUGGGCGAAUACGAUAGUUUUGACAUCAAUCAGCCAACAUCGCGUUCCGGUGGAAAAGCCGAGGCUAUUGCCCUGAUAAAAAAUAAGGAUAGCAAUCAAGAUUCCCUCAUCACCAUGAUCGGAGAUGGAGCCACCGAUUUGGAGGCCGUACCGCCAGCCAACUAUUUUAUUGGUUUUGGUGGCAAUGUCGUUCGACCGGAGGUCUAUCGUCGGGCCCAGUAUUACGUAACGGACUUUGAGCAGCUGAUGGGGCAAUGAGAUGAUAUAUACGUAAAUCUGUAUCAACGGCGGGGGAGGGCGAAUUUAGUAUUUGAAAUCAACGUGUUAUAGCUCUUAGUAAUGCACAUGUUAUAGUCCAUGUAUGUGUUUAAAUGAAUGUAUGUACAAUAGUUCGUAACUAAAUAACAAUAAAAAGCGAUAGUAAAAUAAUGAAAAACGAA